AUGAUUCCCGCUACUGCUGUACCAUCACAUCCAAUAAACACACUGGAUCGAAUUGCAUUUUAUAAAAGUGUUCGCGAAAAGCGCAAACAACUUCAACUGAAUCAUCAUACUAAUGGAAAAGAUAAUGUUAAUUCAUCGACAGAGAAUGCUUUUCUCACUCAAAUGCUUCAAUCAUCUUCAAAUUCUACAACACCAACAUCUAUUUCAUCAUCAUUAAGUAUCCCAACACUUUUACGUAAAGGUGAUUUUUCAUCAUCUCAUCGAACUGUUACAAGUACUCUUACAAAUAUUUUACCAGCUCUUCUUAAUGGUACAUUGCAAUCACCACGUGCUAUAUCACCAUCAGGAACAACAACAAAUAUAGCUAAUUUAAAUUCUCCAACAAGUACAAAUACAACAGAUACUCUAGUUGACAUUAAAUGUUCAACAUCAUUACCUGUUUCACCUGCUGCUAAUAUAUAUAAUAAUAAUCUAUUAGAAUCAUCAAAUGAUAAUAUUAUUGUACCAACAAAUUAUUCACCACCUCGUUGUCGUUCAUAUCCAAUGACUGUUCUUAGCAAACGAACAUCACCUUCUACAUCUAAUGUUCCAUCAACACAAGCAACAACUGUAGUACAAUCAAUUGCUACAUCUACAUCUUAUUUAUUAGCUACAGCUUCAUCAUGUCCUUCACUUACAAAUUCAACAAUGGCAACAAUAAAUUCAUCGACAUCUCCAUCACCGGAUGAUACAGUGCCAAAAAUAGUUCGAUCAGCCUCAGUUAAAUCAUGUGCAUCCGAUUCAGGUGUUUCAUCAUCCAGUCCAUUGUCAGAUAAUAAUAUUGUUCAUGUAUUUCGAACAAAUCAUAUAGAAACAAUCAAUCAACCACAAGUGUCAACUGGAGGUCGAAAACGUAAAUCACUUGCUCAUUUUUAUGAUGAACUUAGUAAAGAUAAAAAGUUUUCAACGGAAGCUACAGUUUCAUCAGGUUUUGCUGUGCCAACAACAACGACAACAACAACAGCAACAGCAACAACAAUAAAUAAUAAUAAUAAUAAUAAUAAUAAUAAUAAUAACAUUCCAUAUAGUCAACAAGAAGCUAUUGCUAUUGGCUACGCUCAAUAUGCUCUUAUGCAUAGUCUUACACAACAAUUUCGUGUCAAUUAUCCAGCUGCAUUUUUACAUGCAGCUGCAGCAUCGGGUUAUUUACCAAUACCACCGCCUAUGAUGGCUGCUGCUGUAGCUGCAGCAGCUUCAGCAAAUUCAAAUACAAAUGGAAAUAAUUCAUUAACAACAGAAAAAUUUCGUGAACGUCGAAAACAACAACAGCAACAACCUGAAAGUGAUAAUAAUAAUAAUCAUAUUCGAUCAAUAUCAUCUGUUAAUGAUCAACCAUAUCGACGUGAAACAUAUCAAACAUUACUUGAAAGUAGUCGCUUAUUAGGACAACAAAAAUUACUUAAGCCAGUACCUAUUGAUUUACGUAAACACAAUGGAGGAAGUCGAACUAUAGAUAAUAGUCCUAUUUCAUCAAAUAUUCGUUAUCCAUCAUCGUCAUCAUCAACAUCACCAUCUGGUUCACCUUCAUGUUUAAGUCCAUCAAAAUCAAAUAAUAUUGAAUCUAUUAAUGAUUAUGUUUGUAUACCAAAAAAAUUAAUGCCUGUUAUUGGUGCACGUAUAAAUGAUUGGCUUGAACGUAAUGUUAAUUUUACUUUAUCACUUCACGUUAUUCAAGAAACAAUUGAUAAUGAUAAAGAUAAAUUUUUACUUCUUUCACAUAUAUGGCAUCGUUUAUUAAUAAUAAGUAUGAUUGAAAAUAGUUUUGAAAUAUAUGUUACUAAAGAUUUACAAAUAACAAAUGAUUUAAUAUCAACAACAACACAUCUUCCAACAGAAAAUGAUGUUAAACAAAUUGAAUCAUUAAUAACACGUGGUAAAACAUUAGAAAUUGAUGAAAUGGGUUUUAAUCUUAUACGUGAAGUUAUUAUAUAUAAAGAAGGUAAAACAUUAUUUGAAAAUUCAAGUGUUGAUUCGUUUGAAAAAGCUGAAUGUCAAGCACAAACUCGAUUAACAACAUGGUGUUCAUCACGUGUUAGAUAUUCAAAAAUUGUUUUCUUUUUAUGCAAUAUAUAUCAAGUUAAAGAAGAUAUAUUUGAACGAUUAUUUUGUUCUGGUUCAAUGCAUCAAAGUACACCUAUUCAUACAUAUCUUGAACGAUUUUUAGCUUCAGCAUCAUCAUCAUCAACAUCAAUGGACGACGCUUAG